AUGGGAGGGAAGAAAACAGGCGUGGCUGUGGAUCUUCGGAGGAAUAGUGGCGAUCGACGGUGUCGUCACGAGCACGGUCGUUGGUCAGCUUCGCCAAAGACGCCUGCGCUGGUUGGCUGUUGCACGCCCGUACUCGAGGAUGCCACCGUCAGCCCGUAUUUCGAUACUUGCUUCAAGGUGAUGUCAGAAGGUUGCUCUUCGGGCGGCUUUCGUCGCAGUCGCACCUAUUACGGUAUUCCGAACAAACGCAGCUACGUAUGUCGAAACCAGCUUGCGAAUCAUCGUUCCACCACCGGAAACUCUAGCCGUUGUUCUCGAGAGAAGUGCUUCCAGCGCGCAUCCGCCUCUCCUUCGUCCGCCGUCGCCGUCCCUGCGAGGACCGACGAUGAUGGUGAUACGUCUUGCAGUUCCGAAGAGUACGUUUUCAUGUCUCAUAUGUUCGCCUCUGAUCACAGCGAAGAGCCUACUGCAGAUUCAGAAGAAGAAAGGCGGCUACAGAUGAUGAAGGCUUCCUGUUCGAAUGGCAGCGGAGGAAGUUUGGUGCCCGAUGUGGAAUGUCGCAGUGGGCAGUUUUGCUGCUAUGCAAAUCGGCUGACAAACUUGCCUGUAGUUAAGCGAUCUCUGACCGAACGAGUGUUUGAAAUGUUCCUUAGCGAAACUUUAGCCGAUGUGCAUUUUUGGGUUGGAAGCCACGAAAAUGGCCAGGUAAGAUUUGUUGUCGUAUCUUCUGUAGUAUCUCGUUUUGCUAUGUGUUGUACGUUACAAAGGAGACAUUGUCUGGGAUUCCGAAAGCUCCUUGGUGUUAAAUAAUG